GACAAAAAAUUCCUCGUUUGGCAUUUGAUCAGAUUCCCGAUCACAUUUCAAAGAAGGAUUCCCAUGGCAUAAUAAGACGCUCUUUCUUCGGCAAAUCUGAUCACACUCGCUUUGUACAAAAAUAUAUUCGUGAUCAGCCAUUAUUUCUGUUUUAUUGAUUCAACUUCAAGAGCGCGUUUGUAAAUCUCGCGUCACACGGUAACAUUUUGCCGCGGAAAUCUUCCUUUUGUACUUAAGGGAAAGAAUAAAUACAGAAUUAUGGCUUCCAAACAGAAACCAAAGAUUGUGGGAGACCGGCGAUGGCUUCGUCACCUGACUGUUGUCGUUAGUCUAAUCGGGCUCGGGAUUUCUGCAUAUGGAUAUUACGUGGAGAUCCGGUUGCAUCAAGAUCCCAGCUUUAAACCUCUGUGCGAUUUCAAUAAAGAAGUUCGGUGCAGCAAAGCGUUGUCAUCAAGAUACGGCAUGGGUUUUGGAUUUUUGGGAUCGGUUUUCGGCGAGAGCCACAUGCUGAAUCAACCAAAUACUUUGUAUGGGAUUAUGUUCUACGCAUUGAUGGCUUGCUUAGGUUACGCACGGAACGCUAAAGCCUCCUUGGUACAAUUGAAUCUGGCCUUCAUUUCGUGCUUGGUUUCAUGUUAUUUGGCCUACCAUUUGGUCUUCAACUUGAAAGAAUGGUGUCCAGUGUGCAUUGCUACCUACGUGGUGAAUAUUCUCCUGUUGUUGCUCAGCAUCUUCAAGGGUAAACCCAGAAUUGCCGGUUCGAGUGAAGGAGGCAAACCAGCGCGUGCCACCUCGGCUGUGGAUGGAAAGGCCAAAAAGGAUGAUGACUACAAGAAAAAUUUGCCCCAGACCAAGAGUGAUACGGGUAAACAGUCUUAUGCUCAAGCAGCCAAAUCUUCGCCCUCGAACUCAAAGAGCAGUGGAAGCAAGUCGUACGCACAGGCUGCAAAAUCAAAGUGAAACUGAAUACCACUGGACGAUGUGAUAUUGAAGUAAAUGUUGUCCUGUAAAUACCGCGAGGACUGUUUGUGUGUCAGCUGACGUUUUUAUUAGUACAAUAACUUAAUUGUGAGUAUUUUUAAUGGUUAAUAAUUUGUGUUGUUGUUUUUCACCUUUUGGAACGGACAAUACGCAUCUGCGAUCUCGAGAAAACUUAAAGUGCACACCUGGCAUAAGGAAAUGUGUAUAACGAUGUA